AUGAUGUCCUACAUAAAGCAGCCCCAUUAUGCUGUGAACGGGUUAACACUGUCCGCCUCAGGAAUGGACCUGCUCCACACCGCCGUCGGCUACCCAGCCACUCCGAGGAAGCAGCGUCGAGAGCGCACCACCUUCACUCGCACUCAGCUGGACAUUCUGGAAGCUUUGUUCACCAAAACACGCUAUCCAGACAUAUUCAUGAGAGAAGAGGUAGCUCUGAAAAUCAACCUUCCCGAGUCCAGAGUUCAGGUGUGGUUUAAGAACCGUCGUGCUAAAUGUCGCCAGCAACAGCAGCAAACCAGCGGUCAGCCCAAGCCCCGUCCCCCCAAAAAGAAGUCCUCCCCACCCCCUGAUCUGACCUCAGACCCUGGCACUAGCUCCUCGGUGGUGGCUGCUCCGACCCCGACCGUGCCCCCUAGCGUUAGCGCAGGCACAGCACCAGUUUCUGUGUGGAGUCCCACUUCUCUCUCCCCCCUUCCUGAUCCACUGUGUGGUUCGGGCACCCCCUGUGUGCAGCGUCCCGCUCCAUAUCCCAUGAGCUACGGUCAGCCCUCCACCUACAGCCAGGGCUAUGGCUCCUCUCCUUACUUCAGCGGAUUGGAUUGCAGCCCGUACCUCUCUCCCAUGACCACCCAGCUGUCAGCAAGUGGGGGCGCCCCUCUCCCCCUCACCGUGCCCUCCAUGGGUGGCUCGCUCAGCCAGUCGCCCUCUCUCUCCUCCCAGGGAUACAGCACCGCGUCGUUGGGCUUCAGUUCGGUAGAUUGCCUUGACUACAAGGACCAGCAGGCCUGGAAGCUCAACUUCAGCACCGUGGACUGCCUCGACCACAAAUUCCAGGUGCUGUAG